AUGCAGGCAGCAUCAUCUCUCUCUGCUUUUCCGCAUCAGGCGAAAUCCACUCCAGACUCCAGCACAGAAGGGUGUGGAGCAUGUGGUCCUGGCUUCGCCUCACCUCUGGAUGCGAUGAAAGGUCCCCGGGAGGAGAUUUUGUACGUGCCCUGCAUCUACAGGAAUACUGGGAGAAAGAAACCUGACUUUCUGGCCACUCUGGAUGUCAACCCCAGAUCUCCACAGUAUUGCCAGGUGAUCCACCGCUUGCCCAUGCCCAACCUGGGGGAUGAGCUGCACCACUCGGGGUGGAACGCCUGCAGCAGCUGCUUCGGGGACACCACCAAGAAGCGGAACCGCUUGAUCCUCCCCAGCUUAAUCUCCACCCGCAUCUAUGUGGUGGAUGUGGGAACCGACCCGCGAGCUCCCAGGCUUUUCAAGGUUAUCAACCCAGAGGAUGUCUUCUGGAAGUGUAACCUGGGCUACCCCCACACCUCCCACUGCCUGGGCAGUGGUGAAGUCAUGAUCAGCACCCUGGGAGACCCAGCUGGCAACGGGAAAGGUGGCUUUAUUCUGCUGGACGCAGAGACCUUUGAGAUCAAGGGGAACUGGGAGAAAGGGGACAACGUCCCCCCGAUGGGUUAUGACUUCUGGUACCAGCCACGCCAUAACGUCCUGAUCAGCACUGAAUGGGGAAUCCCAAAAUGCCUGGGAUACGGGUUUAACCCCAAUGAUCUGAAGAAAGGGCGCUAUGGCCGCCGCCUCAACGUGUGGGACUGGACCACUCACACCUACAUCCAGGCCAUCGACGUGGGCGAGGAUGCGGCUCCCCUGGAGAUCCGCUUCCUCCACACCCCCGACGCUGCCGAGGGCUUCGUGGGCUGCACCAUCAGCAGCGCCAUCCACCGCUUCUACAAGACCGAGCGAGGAGACUGGGCAGCCGAGAAGGUGAUCCAAGUCCCCAGCAAGAAGGUGGAGGGAUGGCUCCUCCCGGACAUGCCAGGCUUCAUCACCGACAUCCUCAUCUCGCUGGACGACAGGUUCCUGUAUUUCAGCAACUGGCUGCACGGAGACAUCCGCCAGUACGACAUCUCCAACACCUGCAAGCCCAAGCUGGUGGGGCAGGUCUUUGUGGGUGGCAGCAUCACCAAGGGGGGACCUGUGACCGUGUGCAGGGAUGAAGAGCUGCAGAGCCAGCCAGACCCGUUUGUCAUCAAGGGGAAGAAGGUGGCGGGAGGACCCCAGAUGAUCCAGCUGGAUGGGAAGAGGUUGUACGUCACCACGUCCCUCUACAGCGCCUGGGACAAGCAGUUCUACCCCGACCUCAUCAGGGAAGGCUCCGUCAUGCUGCAGCUGGAUGUGGACACGGAGCAGGGUGGGCUGUCGGUCAACGAGAACUUCCUGGUGGAUUUCGGGAAGGAACCGGACGGGCCCUGCCUGGCCCACGAGAUCCGCUACCCCGGCGGGGACUGCACCUCCGAUAUCUGGGUUUAG